GCCCGGCUGAAAGAUGGCCGCUGCCGCUCGGCAACCACCGCCCAGGAGAUUACUGUAGGGCCCCGCGGCUUUCGCCGCCGCCUCCUUACCAUGAGACCAGUGAAUCGCCGCACUCUGGACUGGACUUAUUCCGUGUUACUGCUUGCAAUUGUUUUAAUCUCCUGGGGAUACGUCAUCUAUGCAUCGACAGUAGCUGCACGACGACAGCUAACGAAGGAAUACCCAGACAAAAUCUUCGGGAUGAACGAAAAUUUGUAAUUCCUCUGGAUUUAAUUCUCUGCAAAUACAGUUCUUUUCCUCAUGCUACGUAGAUUUAAAAGUAAAAUUCAUAAUAAAAAGUUCCCAAAUGUAUUUUUGCAUAAUCCUUUAUAAAAGUCAUGCAAAUUUUUCAAACAGAUUUUAGUCUUUUACAUUUUCAAAUGACGAAAUUAAAAGCAACCUAGAUCUGACAACCUCUCAGAUCAUAGAUGGAGUGACAAGCUUUCCAAUAAAGUUUAUAAAAUACUUCUUUUAAAAUGCCUCAGAAAACCUUUAAAA